GACGGAAAACUCCUAUUGGAGAAGUCUUUAAUUUAUCUUACAAAAUGCGCACACAGGAAGCUUUAUCUCACCCAACUCUGCUGCUCGGGCUUGAGCUCAAUGCUGUCGUCACACGUUCAUCUUAGUGUGGGUUGAACUGCCGACAGGAGUAGUUGACUACAGGAAAAUUCAUCAGUUACAUAGAAUACUUUGUUACUGAAGGAACUUUAUUUUGUUUUGCUUUUUCAAAUAAAGAAAAAAGUGUUGAUAUAUUGGGUUUUGAGUUUUGUUGCAGAGGAAGGCAAAAACUCCAAGAUUUGCUGGAAAAGAUGGGAUGCACACGGCUAACACGACGUAUUUUACAGAAGCACCCGAGACAAGAUUUGGUGAACAUAUUGCAGGAGCUAAGCGAGAAUUCAAGACCAGUAGAAGAACGACUAAGUGAAAUAAAGGAGUUACUUCAACAGCACCCGGAUAUUGUCAAAUACUGCGGCAGCCAGAAAUAUCCCGCCAUGCAUACUGCAGCUAUAAACGAUGAGUCUCAAGUGAUGGAGCUGCUGAUCCAACAUGAUGCUGAUAUAGAAGCAAAGGACGCCACGGACCACCGCACUCCUCUCUUUUUCACCAUCACAAAGCAGUCCAUUAGAUGUUUCCAGCUACUGCUUGAGAAAGGCGCGAAUGUUAAUGCAGUUGGGCGAGACGGUAAGAGUGUUCUUCAUGUAGCAGUUGAACAUAAUGUAAAACACGGGAAGAUGGUACGUGAGUUGAUACGACGAGGUGCCUCCCUCAAGUACACUAUAGUCAAGUCUGGUUAUACACCCAUACACACAGCUGCCUGUAUUGGCGAUUAUGAGCUAUUAAAAAUGUUUUUGAAACAUGAUCGAAAUGCAGCAAACUUUUGUGAUAGGAAGGGUAAUGUACCACUGCAUCUGUCAGCGGAGAAAGGUCAUAAAUAUUCUUGCAAUAUUCUCCUGCAAUACGGAGCUAAUAUUGAUGUGAACAAUAAAAUGAAGGAAACGCCAUUGCACUUAGCUGUCAAGGGUAGCUUUAUAUCUACGUGUGAGGAGCUACUGAUAAGUCAUUGCAAUAUCAAUUCUGAAGAUAAAGAUGGCAACACCGCCUUACUUAGCAGUACUGCAUCAAACAAACGUUGCUCAAAAGAUAUCCUAGAGCUUCUUUUGCAACACAAGGCGGAUAUAUAUGUGAAAAGACCCAAUGGAGAUUCCGCCUUGCAUCUUGCUGCUAAGGCAGGAUAUCCAGACAAAUGUUUACUGCUUGUACAAGCAGGUGCAGACUGCAACUUGCAGAACGUCAAUGGCAUGACCCCAUUACACUAUGCAACCAAAAAAGGAUUUACGGAGUGUAGUGCUGUCAUCCUCAAUUUGCCAUUAAAUGGUGAUUCAAAUCAAUAUUUUAUACCAGUGAACGUUUUGUGUGAAGAAGAAGAAGAAGAAGAAGAAGAAGACGAAGGAAAGGAGAAAGAUGUAGUCUGUGGAGGACGUGCUCAGUGUACGGUGUUUCAUAGUUCAGUUGAUGUUAAUGUUAAAGAUAAUGAUGGUAAAAUGCCCAUACAUUAUGCUGUUGAGAAGGGCUCAAAAGAGUGUGUUAUGCAGCUCCUCAAGAGAAAAGCGAAUAUUGUAAUUGCAACUCCAGAUGGUGACACACCUCUGCACCUUGCAGCUCGUGCAGGCCUUGAUGAAUGUUGCAAAUGCUUCAUAAAAAGAAGGGCUGCAGUCAAUGCCGUAAAUAAACAAGGGAAGACACCAAUCCAUCUAGCUGUAGAAAGUAAUUCGGUGGCUUGCUGUCAAGUAUUGGUAAAGGGAGGAGCCAACAUCAAUCACGCAGACUGUGAUAAAUUAACACCUCUGCACAUUGCGGUUAAAAUUGGUGCAACUGGUUGUUGUGAAUUCUUAAUUAAAAAGAAUGCUAACCUAUCUAUAACUGAGGGGAAUGAGAAAACACCACUUCACUGGGCAGCCUCCGAGGGACAUCUUGAAUUGUGUGAAAUGAUGAUUAAUAGUGGCAAAGACUGGCAACUUUUCAAAAAGGAUGACCAAGGCAUGAUUCCCCUUAUGACUGCCUUCAGAGAAAAACAUGAUGAAAUAUUCUGCUGCUUACUUAAGAAGAUGUGCGAACUGUGUGAACGGAAAAGUAACAACAAAACCCAAUCAUAUCCUAAAAUCGGUUCUGUGAACGACCUUCUCGCUACAAGCAUUCGUGAAAAGCGCCCCAGCGUUAUAGCGGCAAUCAUCAAGAGCGCACUGUGGGAAGAAGCCCUCGCCCCAAUGCAUGUGAAGGAAAGGGCAGUAAACCUGGAACAGUUAAUCCGGCACUACCCAACACUAGCUAAG